AUGCUGCUCUACCUCUUCGCCGCGUUCGCGAUAUGCGCGGCCAAAAAGGAGGCGCACUUUAAGAAUCUUUUAAAGACGAACAACCUUACUCGUGUGGAGGUCUCCCGCGUACCAGUUGUUUUAUGGCAUGGAAUGGGCGAUAGUUGCUGUAAUCCAUUAUCAAUGGGUUCUGUGAAGAAACUGAUCGAAGAGCGACUCCCCGGAGUUUAUGUCAAGAGCCUCAUGCUUGGUGGGAAUGUGGCUACGGACAUGGAGCACGGCUUUAUUGGGAAUAUGAACGACUUGGUGUUGGAGGCGUGUGCAAAGAUACGGCUUGAUCCCCAGCUUCAGGGAGGUUAUCACGCGAUGGGCUUUUCGCAGGGCGGGCUUUUUGUUCGUGCACUUGCUGAACGCUGCCCAGAUCCUCCUGUGAAAAAUCUGGUUUCUAUCGGCGGACCCCACCAGGGCAUUUACGGCUUCCCGUACUGCAUCGGACCAACGGCAAUCUGUGAUAGUGUCCGUCAUCUGUUGGAAUAUGGCGCUUACACCGCCUUCGUCCAAAAUCACGUUGUCCAAGCGCAAUACUGGCAUGAUCCAUUGAACAAUGAGGAAUACAAAUCAAGAAAUAUCUUCCUCUCUGAUUUGAAUAACGAAAAGGUGGUAAACCCGGAAUAUAAGGCAAAUAUGCUGAAGUUGAAGCAGUUUUUGCUUGUUAUUUUUAGUCGCGAUGAAAUGGUGGUGCCCCGGGAAAGCACGUGGUUCGGUUUCUACAAGCCAGGCGAUUUACAUACGAUUCUGCCGAUGAAUCAGACCUCACUAUACCUUGAGGACCGCAUCGGAUUGCGCAAACUACACGAGAGCGGUCGGCUGCACUUCUUGGAGGUGGACGGCAAUCACCUGCAGAUCCCGCGCGACACCCUCGUCAAGGAGGUCAUUGACAAAUACCUGGCA